GAGGGGCUCAGAUUGGGAGGAUCGAUAGAUCAGAAAGCGGGGCAGGCGCGAAGCGAGCGGAGUGGAGCCUUGCAGCAGGGAAAGGCUGGGACGGAGAAGGAGGGAAAGAAAGAAAGAAAGACAGGAAAGAAAGUGCGGGCAUUUCGAGGGGGAGGUUUUGGGGGAGAAAGAGGCACAAGGAAGGAGAGAGUCAGGUUCUAGGUUUGUUUCUUUUUUUGAGAGGGGGUUCUAUUUUUCCUUUUUUGGGCAAACCCGACCAAGUACGCAAAACUUUGCAGCAGCAGGAAAGAGAGAGAGAGAGAGAGAGAGAGAGACUCUUUUGGACCCCUCUUUGUGUGUGUGUGUGUGUGUUGGGGGGGGGGGUCUUCCACGUGGAGCCCCGGAUCCGGACCCCAAGGGGAGCCAGAUCCGUACUCAUCUGUAUAUAUGUGUAAAAAACCAGAAAUAUCCCAUCUUUCGAGAGUCAAAGACACAGGCCAACUUUCUCCAAACUCCAAGGUCUAAAGGAAAGCCGAGGGUCCGAUGCCUCCAUCCCGUCCCAGUUUGAGGACUGAAAAAGGCUUCGAGGACGGAAUGGGGAGGUGAAGGCCUUGCCGAGGAUUUUGGGAAGUCCGACGUCUUGGAAGGAAAUGCAUGAAUGCAAAGUGACGAGGAUGGCCAGUCGAGGACGGAUCGGCAAGUUUUCCUUGGCUGGCUUUUCGCUGACUCUCUCUGUCCUCAUGGCCGGCUGCAGCCAAGGCCUCGAGAAGACCCCGCAACGUGCACCCCGUCAGGCUUCGGAGGAUGACAGCACGGGGAGCUCGGUGCCCGGCGUCUGGAGUGUUUGGGGCCCUUGGUCAGCGUGUUCCCAGCGCUGUGGAAGGGGCGUCUUGGAGCGGAGCCGGGACUGCCAAUCCCCCCAUUUACGUGUCCCGUGGGCCGGGAGAACAGACUCUGUCCCACCGCCGGUUUACCCGCCUCACCCAGGAUCCGCCGGACCACAUCCGGCCCGCCCGUCUUUCCCGCUCCAUACGGAUCGGAACCCUAAUCUGGCUCUGACCUUCCCAAGCAGCGGCUCAGUCCUUCCUCUCCAUAACCCGGGUCCUCCGUAUAAUUCCCCAAACCGCUACAGCCGGCAAGAGGAGUGGCCCCCGACUCGGCCAAGGGGCGUCGUGGCCCCCCAGCACAACCGCCGGAGGGAUCCCGCAGCCCUUCGAGGGCAGGUCUCGGGUCACGUUUCGUCCCAAAGGGCGUCGCUCAGCUCCCCGGUUGGGGCCGCGUCCAGGCCCCACGUUCCGGCCCCCCGCGAGACCCUGCCCUUGUUCAAGCCUCCAAGGAGAGACGGCCCAAACGGGGGGCCGCGGCCUGAUGGGCCUCAUCACGGGAGCCAAUCGGAUAGCGGACGCCACAGAUGGGGGUCUUCUCCGACACCUGAGUCUCAAGCAGCCCGGAGGUCCCGGGUUCGGGAGGCCAUCAAGCCCGGGAAGUACGGCUACGGGAAGGUGCCGUUCGCUUUGCCGCUCCAUAAAGACCCGGCCGAGGAGGCUGCCGGCCGCGCGAAGAGACACCAAGCGGAGCAUCCCGGGCCUCCGCCGCCUCCGCCUCCGCCGCCUCCUCGCCCUACAUCGAAGAAGCCCAAACGCAAAGCCUCUCAUGAAGAAGUGUCCCGGAGCCAGGAAAAGGACCCGCCGGAUUCUGGAGCGCAUGAGAAGGAGAAGCAUCCUCCGCUGGUCCGUGCUGUGGAGGGACACGAUUCAGGGCACGGUGACAGCGUCAAUAUCCGAGGUCCAGAAGACACGUCUCAACCUGAGGCUGAUUUGACAGUAUCUCAUCCUGUGGAACCAGGUAUGGCCACGGCGACACGUAGUGAACAUCACCAUGGGAAAGCGGCUACUGUGUCCUCCGGCGAUGCCUCUGCGGCUGGAGAAACCCACCCGGAAGCAAGACCCCGAGAAGGAAAGAGGCCUCAUGACAAAUCCCCAAAAGGAGCAAAAUCAGGUGCUCCAACUUCUGGAGUCAGUCCCAACUCCCAGGGUCGAGUGGAGCUUCGCUUGUCGCACCGAGUCCUGAAAAACCAAAGCUCUGCUUCCAAGCAGACGGCAAAAACGCUGGAGCCGUCGGCCCGUUCCAGGGGCCCACAGCCACCCUCGGGGCUACCUCGAACGCGGGCGCACAGGCAGAACGAGCCCCGGACGGGAGGAAGCGGCAAUUACGGGUCGCGGUCGACACACAGCCUCUUCGUGGACCGUCCCGUGGCCCCUCCGCGGAACACGGAGCCCGACAUUUGGCUCCUGCACCACGGGAACCCCGUGCAAUUCCACGCCCGGGGUCAAGGGCCGCCCCAGGCGGGGCCCGAAGUGCCGCAAUGGAACCUGUAUUAUCCUGGGACGGAGACCUUCCGCUGCGAAGGAGAAAGCAAGCAAUACAAAGCCUGCAGCCAAGAGCCCUGUCCUCCCGAACGUCCAGAUCCGCGGUCGGUCCAAUGUGCUGCAUACAACAAUCAGGAAUUUAUGGGCCGGUUUUACGAGUGGGAACCCUUCAGAGACGUGCAGGGCUCCCAGCGCUGUGAGCUCAACUGCCGGCCCAUCGGCUACCGAUUCUACGUCCGACACACAGAAAAAGUGCAAGACGGCACGCCGUGCGAGGACGACUCCCCGGAGAUCUGUGUGACCGGGCAGUGCCUGACCCCUGGUUGUGACGGGAUCCUGGGCUCCAACCGCAGCCUGGACAGCUGUGGGGUGUGCGGCGGAGACCACACUCGGUGCAAGCUGGUAGUAGGCAACUACACGGACAAGGACGUGCCCAUUGGGUACCACCGCAUCUUGGAGAUUCCGGCCGGGGCCACACGGAUCCAGGUCAAAGAGAUGGGUGUUAGCCCCAACUAUCUUGCCCUUCGGAGCCAUAAUGGCAAAUCAAUCAUCAAUGGAAACUGGGCAGUGAACCCGCCAGGCAGCUAUGAAGCAGCCGGCACCGUUUUCGUCUAUAGCAGACCCGGGAAUGACAAGCGGGAGGGCGAAUCCCUGGCUGCCGACGGUCCCACCACGGAGCCUAUAGAUGUGUAUAUGAUCUUCCAGCAAGACAACCCGGGCGUCUCAUACCAGUUCUUCCUGGCCUCUCCUCCCUCGGAAAGCCCUCGCCAGGAGCAGCCCCGGAACCCUCAGCAAGAGUUUGGUGCCUUGACGGUGGUGUCCCCCGGCCACACACACGAAUCCCCAACUAGCCAUCUGCGACCCGUAUUACACAAUUCCCAGAGCCACGCUCCGCCACGCCUCCCCGUCCCCUCCGGCCAAUCGGGACGAAGCCGUGGGGUGCCCCCUCCGCCGGCCGGCCAAUCGGGACGCAGCCCUGGGACCCUGCAGCGGAACGUCCGCGUCCCCCCUUUGCCCCCGCCCCCGCCCCCAGUCCAGCAUCACUCCGAAAACCCCCACGACUUCUAUUGGCGGCGGACCGGCACCACCGAGUGUUCGGCCACAUGCGGAAAAGGUUUUUGGCAGUCGGUCUACAGCUGCGUCUCUCGGGUUUCCCAGGAAGAAGUGGGAGAUGACAAAUGCCACCUUAUUCCCAAACCUAUUGUGGCCGAAGAGGUUUGCAACACCGAGCCUUGCCCGGCAUACUGGGACGUGGGCGAGUGGUCGGCCUGCAGCAGGUCCUGUGGCCUGGGCACGCAGCACCGCCAGGUCCUCUGCCGGCAGAUCUAUGCCAACCGCAGCACCAUGGUGCACCCCCAGCGCUGCGGGCAGUUGGAAAAGCCCAACGCCACCCAGGCCUGCCAGGUGCAGGUUUGCAGCCACUGGGAAAUCCACACCAACUGGAGCUCGUGCUCCGUCCUUUGUGGCAUGGGCCACCGGACACGCCGUGUGCGCUGCGUCGGCAACGACGGCGCCUUCUUGAAGGACAGCGACUGCCCCAGCCGCCACCGGCCCAAGACCAGCGAGGCCUGCGACAUGGGACCCUGCGUGCGGACCUGGUUCUACAGCGAGUGGAGCAACACGUGUUCGGCCGAAUGCGGCACCGGCAUCCAGCGGCGCUCGGUAGUCUGCCUGUCCAGCGACGCCAGCGGAGACCCCGAGGAGAACUGUGCCGGCACCAAGCCGGCCGACAUGCGGGCCUGCAACGGGGGGCCCUGCCGGAAGGUGAACCUUUGGUACGUGGGACCCUGGAGCCCGUGCUCUUCGGACUGCGGCACUGGCACCCAACGGCGUGAUGUGGUCUGCCUCAGCAAACUGGGUGCGGAUUACAAUGUGUCAGAGGCUUCGGAGUGCGCCCAUCUGGAGAAGCCGCCCUCCCUCCAGCCUUGCCACGGCACCGAGUGCGAAGCACGAUGGUAUAACACUGCCUGGAGUGCGUGCUCCCAGUCCUGCCAGGGCGGCGUCCAGGUGAGAGAAGCCCAGUGCCUGACCCCAAACCGGACCCUGAGCCGCCUCUGCCCGCCGGACUUCAAGCCGGCCACCAAGCGGCCUUGCAACGCCCAGCCCUGCCUCCCCGAGAUUGACGAGAACUGCAAGGACAUCCUCCACAACUGCCCGGUGAUCAUGCAGGCCCGGCUGUGCGUCUAUUCCUACUACAAGGUGAUUUGCUGCGCGUCCUGUGCGCACGCCUUGGAGCGGCACCAAGUGGGGCCCAACCGGUAGCGCCGACCCCGAACUCACUGCGAGGAUCCCGUUCGUGAUCCUGAACUGCAGUUGCGGACCGGUCCCGCGACACGCAAAGCCCUCCUCGACAAAGAGGUUUGGACUCCGGAACGAGAUCCCCUUCAUGCCGAUUCUCAGAGGGGAGAAUUACGGGAAAUAACCCCAUAAAGCACGGACUUUCCAUCGGGGAAACGCCACCUCCGCACAAAGGAACUCGCCCUCCUUUAAUCUAGACUCAGUGCAUCAUCCUCUUUCCCAAAGAGGAUGAUGCACAAAGCGACAGGACGAUCAGGACCCAAAGAGGGUUUUGUUUUGCUGCAGAUCCUCGACGCUUUGUUCCCAUGAAUGUUUGGCUACCCCAUUGAGGUCGAUUGUGCCUUCUUUGAGGACUGAGAGACACUAUGCAUGGACUUUGAUGCCGUCUCCAUAUAGUUUGAAUUCGAGAUGCCAGGACCUUGAAUGGUGCUGAAUGAAUCCCAAUCAACUGCACUUUGUUCCAAAGUAAUGGCAUAUACAAGGGCUAUCCAGAAAGUAGAUUACGUUUUGGAAUUAAAAAUGAACAAAGUAUAGGAGAAAACAUUUACCAUAUGCAGUUGAAAGCCAGACCCAAAUAUCACUUCUCAACAUUCAAAGGCGGGCGUCCCUUCCCAUAGCUGCGCAUGUGCAUGCGCUCAACUUUUCCCUACUCUCAUCCUGGAUCGCUUUUCUGUUUUGCAAAUGCUUGCAAGGAAGUUUAUGGUGACCGUAUGGCGAUCCAGGACGAGUAUGCACAUGCGCAGCUGCGGAAAGGGACGCCCGCCUGGUUGAGGAUGCAAGCCAAGCAGCAAAGUUUGGUGGGGAAGGACUUUCCAAACUCUUUUAUCGCUAUGAGAACUGCCUAGAUUUCAAUGGCGACUAUGUUGAGAAGUGGUAUUUGGGCCUGGCUUUCAACUGCAUAUGGUAAAUGUUUUCUCCUAUAUUUUGUUCAUUUUUAAUUCCAAAACGUAAUCUACUUUCUGGAUAGCCCUCGUAGAUAUAUCAAGCAUGGGCGAACAUUGGCCUUGCAGGUGUUUUGGACUUCAACUCCCACAAUUCCUAACAGCCUAGAAUUAUGGGAGUUGAAGUCCAAAUACCUGGAUGGCCAAAGUUUGCCCGUGCCAUAUAUGUGUGUGUGUGUGUGUGUGUGUGUGUGUGUGUGUGUGUGUGUGUGUGUGAAAUUGGUUCUCUAAAUGAAACCCAAAGUGCUGAGCUAAUGUCUCAUUUGAUUUUCCCAUUCUUGCCUUGAAAUCACCUCCCAAUCACACACACACACACACAUAUAUGGUAUACAAAUGUAUAGGGUAAUAAAAUGUAUUUUGUCAUAUAUCUGUAUGUAUGUGUGUAUGUAUAUGUAUGUGUAGAGUCUCACGUAUCCAACAAAAAGGCCGGCAGAACAUUGAAUAAGCGAAAAUGUUGGAUAAUAAGGAGGGAUUAAGGAAAAGCCUAUUAAACAUCAAAUUAGGUUAUGAUACAUCAUGUUAUGCAACAAAUUUGACAGAAAAGGUAGUUCAAUAUACGGUAACGUUAUUUAAUAAUUACUGUGUUUACGAAUUUAGCACCAAAACAUCAACAUGUAUUGAAAAUGUUGACUACAAAAACAUUAGCUACUAACAAAUUGACUACAAAUAAAGAUAGAAUUGCAUAAAAUGAGAAACAGUAGUGGAUCCGGGUGGGAGGCAGACUGUGUUGGAUAAUCCAGAACGUUGGAUAAGAGAAUGUUGGAUAAGUGAGACUCUACUGUGUGUGUGUGUGUGUGUGUGUGUGUGUGUAUAUAUAUAUAUAUAUAUAUAUAUAUGAGAGCUUGGGUACUGGCGUUGCCUGGGUUAUUUCAAAAAGUCAGUUUCUUAAUGUAUAAAAUGCAUAAGGUUGUGGGUGAACUACAACUCACAUCAUGCCAGGUUAACGCCCAGAAACUCCAUCAGUUUAUGAAGUUGGGCAGGUUUGCUCCGGAUACAUCAUGGGUGGGGUUCAUUGUGAUCUCUGACUAUAAGGUAAACUACUUCUCCCAUUGUAGUGAGUCAGUCCCCUCCAACCCCUCCAGUAGGUUGAGUGAGUCCUGGGGGUUCUGUGUGCCAAGUCUGGUCCAUCAUCGGUGGAGGUCACGGUUUCUCUGGUUGUGGGUGAACUACAACUCCCAGAAAGGAAAGUCAGUUCCCCCAAACCCCUCCAGUAAUCAAAUUUCAGCAUAUUAGGUAUAUGCCCCAAGUUUGGUCCAGAUCGACUGGUGUUUGGGUUCACAGUGCUCUCUGGAUGUAGGUGAACUACAACUCCCCUAAAUCAAGGUGAAUUUCUCCCAAAGACCUCCCGUCUUUUUUGCUGGCCACGAGGGCUCUGUGUGCCAAGUUUGGUCCAAUUCCAUCGUUGGUGGAGUUCUGAGUGCUCAUUGAUUGAAGGUGAACUAUAAAUCCCAGUAGCUACAACUACAAAAUGUCCAGGCCAAUUCCCCUCAAAACCGACCUGUAUUCAAAUGUGGGCACACUGGGUCUGCAUGCCAAGUUUGGUCCAGAUCCAUCCUUGUUUGGGUUCAUAGUGCGCUCUGGAUGGAGGUGAACUACAAUUCCUAUAAAUCUCUCCAAAGACUUCCAGUAUUUUUUCUUGGUCCAUGUGGGUUCUGUGUGCCCAGUUAGUUCCAGGUCCAUUGUUGGUGGGGUUCAGAGUGCUCUUAGAUUACAGGUGAACUAUACAUCCCAGUCCCUACAACUUCUAUAAAUCAUGGUGAAUUCUCCCCAAACCUUUCUAGUAUCUUCAGUUGCUGAUCAAUUCCUCUGUUUGCUGUGUGCCAUAGAAAGAAUAGGAAAGGGUUAAGGGAGAGGCAGUAAAUUCAUGCAAAUUCCACACCAAUGGAGAGAGUCAGAAACACUGGGAUGUCUGUGGUGAAAGAAAAACGGAAAAUCUAGGAUAUAAUUGUCACAUAUGAAAGCCUUCACAUGGGUGGUGGGCAGUGUGGCAUUUGUGGAGGACACUGGCAGGGCUCUUGGGCAUGUUUACAACGCUCGCUAUAACCUGCAAUGUCAUUGGCGGGAGGGCCAUUGGUGUCUAUUGAGCAUUGAGAACUAUAGCUAUUUGUGGAAGUGGCAGCCUGUCUGUGGAAGUGGACACCACAGCCAUACAUACAUAUUUUCACUUUUAUUUGUAUAUUUUUAUUUGUAUAUGUAUAUACGACACAAUGCAUUUUAUUACCCUACAUAAGUCAAAAAUUUCUGUAUUCAAUUUCAUGCCGAAUCUUGCCAUCGUCCCAGAGAGUGUUUGCAAUUUUCUCAAGUUUUCCUUUUCCAGAUCCGUUCUCUGAACUGUAAUUACAGUAGAAUCUCACUUAUCCAAGCCUCACUUAUCCAAGGUUCUGGGUUAUCCGAGGCAUUUUUGUAGUCAAUGUUUUCAAUAUAUCAUGAUAUUUUGGUGCUAAAUUCAUAAAUACAGUAAUUACAACAUAACAUUACUGCAUACUGAACUACUUUUCCUGUCAAAUUUGUUGUAUAACAUGAUGUUUUGGUGCUUAAUUCGUAAAAUCAUAACCUAAUUUGAUGUUUAAUUGGCUUUUCCUUAAUCCCUCCUUAUUAUCCAAGAUAUUUGCUUAUCCAAGCUUCUUCCGGCCCGUUUAGUUUAGAUAAGUGAGACUCUACUGUAUAAUUGGGGUUUAUCUGCCAAGCCGAAGGUAGCCAACUCUCUCACCAACCCCGCUCCUGUGCUUUUCAAAAGCCAAAAGCACAAGAGCGGAGCAAACUGUUGAAAUUGUCAAACUGUUUGGUUAUUUUGUCUUCUUUCUGGAAAUGUUGCCAACUGACCGGCCCUGGCCUGCUCUUGUGUUUCUUGUCAGAGCACCAUUUGCUGAAAGUAGGCAUUAAAGUUUUGGGGAUGAGUCAGGAUCUCUUUUGGGUGUGUUUACAAAUGGAUGUUAAAAGACAGAGGAGCAGGUCCCGGUCAAAUAAGUUGGCAAACAGAGAAUACAUAUACAUAUAGGAAGUAUAUUUUCUUAUGAUGACUGCAUUUUCUCCUGGAACUCGCAGGCAAUUUUUAAUGAUUUCUGCAUCGGGGUUGCCAGCUUUUUUCUCCCCUUCGGCUCCUGUGCCCUUAACGAUCUGAAAUCUGAACAGCCAUAACUUGUUGAAUUUGCACAGGAAUGAUACGAAAAAAAUAGGUUGAUUUUUUUAAAGGCAUGUUUAAGCCAUCAGGGUUGCCAACUUCGCUACUCUGGCAGGGCUCCUUUGCCUUUUAAAAACAAUGAACACCCGACUUGCUGCCAUUGUAGCUACAGCAAUGCCAUACAAAGAACUUCACCGGUUGGAUCCUUCCCUGUUAUAUUUGAAAUAUUUGGAGGCGGAGGAGCCCUGCCGGAAGGAAAAGGUGGCAUCUUUGGUCAUUAUAAUUUAAGCAGGUAAAAGAAGAAGAAGAAAUAUCUAUGAAUGUAAAUGACAGCACUGGUUGAAUUUCUUGAACUGUUCUUAAAGGUACAGCUGCCUUUUCAGAGCAAUGGGUUCAGCGUCCUCCAGUUAUAUCAAAGUACAAAUAGAGUCUAUAUGCGUUAUAUUAAAAAGAAGCUCUAUGAUAAAGUUGAAUGUAUCGCCAGGUCGGUUUUGUUGCCCCGAAUCCACUUUUGCUUUCGGUCCAAAUCUAAUUUAUUUUUAUUAAAGAUGAUAAUUAUUAUGA